AUGAAUGCAGUGACAUGCUCCGAGAUCCACAACAGCCGCUCAGAAGACAGGCAGAAUCCUGGACACCUGCAGAGUUCUGCACAGGGUCAUGGAGCCACUGGACAGCUGACGGAGACGAAAAACCACAUAUUAAAGAAACAGCCUCCAUCGGCACGAGGCGAGAAUGUGCUACAGUUAAGACUUCAGCAGAGGAGGACACGAGAGCAGCUGGCAGACCAAGGCAUCAUGCCUCACCCGGCCUCAGACGGCUCCUCUGUGGAGGCCCAGCUGAGGCUAAAGCGAGUCCGGCUCGCCGAGGACCUGAACGAGAAGCUGGCUCUCAGGCCGGGGCCCCUGGAGCUGGUCCACAAGAAUAUCAUUCCCCUAGACUCUGCCGACACAAUGACAGUAAACCAUGGCAAGUUCCCGAAGCAGGAGGACUCCUACACGUUCGAGGAGGACAGCAGCAGCGAGAGUCUGUCUCCGGAGCAGCACCACAGUGACGAGUCCCAGGGCUCAGCCUGUGCUUCAUCGGAGGCCGUGGGCAGCACGCCCUCCUCCUCUUCCUCACCUGCCCUCACCAGCCCACGACAGGGGGGAGCAAUCAGAGACCCACCUGAUCAGAGCCACGAUGAAGGGCUGUCCGGUGUCAACAACAGCGUGGCUACACCCCCCAUCCCUGUUCCUGCUAUUGUCAAGUCCAAGACAUCAGACAAGAACCGACACAAGAAACCCAAAGAUGUGAAGCCCAAAGUGAAGAAGCUCAAGUACCACCAGUACAUUCCUCCGGACCAGAAGGCCGAGAAGUCCCCUCCACCCAUGGACUCGGCGUACGCGCGCCUCCUGCAGCAGCAGCAGCUCUUCCUGCAGCUGCAGAUCCUCAGCCAGCAGAAACACUCUCACGCACAUCCACAGACGCAGCAGCAGCAGCAGCAGCAGCACACACACUCUCCGCAGGCCCAGGCUCAGCAGAGGCAGCCGACUUUCAGCUACCAGCCUCACCUGCCGGCCCAGAGCCACAAAGGAUCCAGUGAGCAGAUAUCGGCUUGCAGCCCCAGUGGCCCGUCCAGCACAGCCAACAGUAACUCCUCCUCUCCAGUGAAGAGCACAUAUCCCAACCAAAGUAACAUCUCACCAGUCAAACCUGGGCCCCUGCCAGCCAAUCUAGACGACCUAAAAGUCUCAGAGCUCAGGCAGCACCUGCGUAUCCGAGGCAUGCCUGUCUCAGGUACCAAGACCGCCCUCAUCGAGCGACUCAGGCCCUUCAAGGACUGCCACGCCGGCUCCUCGCCCUCGGACUCCUCCGACAUCACCACGGUGACCUUCCCCGUCACACCCACCGGGUCCCUGUCGUCCUACCAGUCCCCGUCCUCCUCCAGCGCCCUGUCUCAGGGAGGCUACUACCAGUACCCCAGCACCUCCUCCACCCCGCCCAUCUCUCCGGCCUCCUCUGAGCUGUCCCUCAGCGGCUCGCUCCCCGACAGCUUCAGCGACGUGCCCAUGUCCUCGCCCACGCAGUUCGCCCUGCAGCCGUCCCCGGCCCAGCUCGGAAUGGAGGACGGCCUGACAGGGGGGGGGCACCAGGGCGGCGGGGGACAGAGGGUGGGGGAAGGCGGAGCAAUGGACGGCCUGGAAGCUGAAAAGGAUAAGAUGCUGGUGGAGAAGCAGAAGGUGAUUGAGGAGCUGACGUGGAAGCUGCACCAGGAGCAGAGACAGGUCGAAGAGCUGAAAAUGCAGCUCCACAAGAGGAAACGCUGCUACGGAGCAACACAGGACGCCGUCCCUCCUCCCCCUCACCCCUCCAUGCACCACCAGCAGACUCCCACCAUGAUGGGACAGCACUUCUUUGGGGUGACUGUAAAGCAGGAGCCAAUGUCCCUGUCCUCCAGCUGCCCUCUGUCCAAUCCCAAACAGCUAAAGAGCCCUGCUGGCAAAUGCAUGGAGGAGAUGGGGCACUGUAACACCUCCCUCACCAAUCUGGGGGGCCCCGGGGGGCCACAGUGCAUGGACACGGCCCCGGCCACAGGCAGCCCCUCCACCAUGUCCGCUUUCCUCAGUCCACAGUGCUCACCGCAAGACUCUCCCAAUGCAAAGCCUUCCAGUAGUCCCCAGCCCUCGUCUCCUAACAACCCCUACCUGCUCUCCCCUACACUGGGAAGGGACAGCUGCGGUCACCACCACCCCCCACCAGGCAACAGCAGAGCACGCAACAUGCAGAUCCACCAGAAGAGCGGUGGCCAGGUGGUGAACUGCUCCUAUACUUCUGACCAAAGAGGCCUUCAGGGAGACUUCCCCCCCUCAACCGACUGUGGCCUUAACCACAUUAGCGCAGCCAAAGCUGACAACCAGAACAUGCAACCAAAGAUUUCAGUAUUGCCCUCUCCUCGGCAUGUUGGCCAAAAAAGCCAGGUCUCUUCCCCUGCCUUCAGUAGCUCAGAUUCAGAUGCUUCUGACUUAAGACAGCCCCCAUGCUAUGAGGAUGCAGUGAAGCAGCAACUGACCAGAAGUCAGCAGAUGGAUGAACUUUUGGAUGUGCUCAUAGAGAGUGGAGAGAUGCCAGCUAACGCCAGAGAAGAGAGGGAGAGGUCCUCUGUAACCAAAGUUGUGCCUCACAUUACUGUGUCCCCAGGGUAUCCCGGCCUCCUCAUCCCAAGGUUCCACCGUCACUAUGAGCACCUGUACCCCGCACAGCAACCGUACGACCACUCAGGCAAUCACAUCACAGAGAGCCACCUGGAGACUCUGCUUGGGAGUCCAAUCGGCCGGGGAGGGGAAGCGGCCCUUCUUAAAAUGGCUACCGAGGACGGGGUUGAUGACGAAGGGAACCGAGAGGGCGAAGGGUACGGCAGCCCCCACAACCACCACCGCCACCCUCACCAUCCACCACAGGACAAACUCGUGACCAACAGAGAUCAGAUGGACACGCCUCUGUCGCCCAUCAGCAACAAGGUGUCAACCUUCCCUGAGGUUCAGGGGAUGGUCAGCAUGACUUUCAGCGAGACGCCGUGGGAAACGAUGGAGUGGCUGGACCUGAUGCCACCCAGCUCAGCCACGGCCUUCAGCGUCCCCCCACCCAGUGGCCCCAGCAUCUUCAACACAGAGUUCCUGGAUGUCACAGACAUGAACUUGAAUUCUGCCAUGGACCUCCACCUGGAGCACUGGUGA